CAAACUCUUCACUGACUUCAGUCCACACCCGCAGGGCAGGAGUCCUAGGGCAACAAGACCGCAAUGAUAUCCCAGUAUAUCCACAUCUAAUUCUACCAUUUACAUUUUCAACAAAAUUUUUCCUUCAAUGUUGUGAAGUUCCCAGGAAGGGAUAGAAAAACGUAUGUCUGCUGUUGAAGAAAAAGCCCUAGGAUAUAAAGUUCAAAAGGAUAUAUAAUUAUACUGCAAGAUAUUUACGUGGAACAGUAAUAUACUUCACCUACUUGAUAAGGUAUAAUGGAUCUAAGUGGAACAGCAAUGGAAGAGGGAGCACAGAAAAAAAAGAAGAAGGCUCUUGUGGUACCUUCUCCACGUCCCCCUCGUGCCCUGUUUUGCCUUGGACUUCAAAAUCGAUUCAGGAAAAGCUGCAUAAACAUUGUGGAGUGGAAACCAUUUGAGAUCAUUAUUCUUCUCACCAUAUUUGCCAACUGUGUGGCACUUGCUAUCUACCUGCCAAUGCCUGAAGAUGACACCAACUCAUCCAAUGCUGUUCUGGAAAAAAUUGAAUAUAUCUUCCUGUUCAUCUUCACCAUUGAAGCAUUUCUAAAGAUUGUAGCGUAUGGCUUUAUUUUGCAUACAGAUGCAUAUCUGCGGAAUGCCUGGAAUAUCCUGGACUUCACGAUUGUGUCUGUGGGACUUUUUGCAAUAAGCCUGGAACAAAUUAAUAAACUUCAGGGAGUAACUGCUCCUGGAGGAUCAGGAUUCAAUGUCAAAGCGUUGAGAGCCUUCCGUGUACUGAGACCUCUUCGUCUCGUUUCAGGAGUUCCCAGUCUCCAAGUGGUUCUAAACUCAAUCAUUAAGGCAAUGGUUCCCCUGCUCCACAUUGCUCUCCUUGUCCUCUUUAUGAUUAUUAUAUAUGCCAUUGUUGGUCUAGAACUUUUCUCUGGGAAGAUGCAUAAGACAUGUUAUUUCAAAGGAACAGAUAUCUACUCAACAGUGGAGUAUGAAAAACCAGCUCCAUGCAGUAUAACAGGACAAGGUCGUCAAUGCAUAACGAAUGGCACUGAAUGCAGAGGCUGGUGGGAAGGACCCAAUAAUGGCAUCACUCACUUUGACAACUUUGGAUUUGCCAUGCUGACUGUGUAUCAGUGUAUUACCAUGGAAAGUUGGACAGAAGUGUUGUACUGGGUAAAUGAUGCAAUUGGUAAUGAAUGGCCUUGGAUUUAUUUUGUCAGCCUCAUUCUUUUAGGCUCAUUUUUCAUUCUUAAUCUGGUCCUGGGUGUCUUAAGUGGAGAAUUCACCAAAGAACGUGAGAAAGCAAAAUCUCGUGGUGCUUUUCAGAAGCUGAGGGAACAGCAGGCAAUGGAUGAGGAUCUCCGGGGAUAUUUGGACUGGAUCACUCAUGCAGAGGUUAUGGAUCCCGAUAUGGAACCAGGAGAAGGAUUCUCACAUUUAGAAGAAGGUUGUUCGGAGACAGACAGUCUAUAUGAAAUGGAGGGAAUAAACAAGUGUAUUAGUUUCUUUCGUCAGUGGCGUCAUUGGCAUCGCCUAUUGCGCAGAAAGAGCCGGGAACUUGUAAAAUCAAGACUUUUCUAUUGGUUUGUAAUCAUCAUUAUCCUUCUUAACACAGUUACAGUUGCAACAGAACAUCAUAAUCAGCCUCAAUGGUUGACAAGGGCCCAAGACACAGCAAAUCAAGUGCUACUGGCAAUGUUCACUAUAGAGAUGAUUCUGAAGAUGUAUGCUUUAGGAUUCCAGGCAUAUUUCAUGUCCCUUUUUAACCGGUUUGACUGUUUUGUUGUCUGUACUGGUCUCCUUGAGAUCCUGCUAGUAUUUAGUAACAUCAUGUCUCCACUUGGGAUAUCUGUUCUCCGGUGCAUACGGCUACUGCGUAUCUUCAAAAUUACACGUUACUGGACAUCUCUAAAUAACCUUGUGGCUUCUCUCUUGAAUUCUGUCCGCUCCAUCGCUUCUCUGCUCUUGCUGCUUUUCCUUUUCAUGAUCAUCUUUGCUCUCCUUGGGAUGCAAAUGUUUGGUGGCAAGUUUGAUUUUGAGGAUGCAUACAUUCGUAGAAGCACAUUUGAUAAUUUCCCCCAGGCACUAAUUACAGUCUUUCAGAUACUGACUGGUGAAGAUUGGAACGCUGUCAUGUAUGAUGGGAUCAUGGCAUAUGGGGGCCCAUCAUUUCCUGGAAUGUCUGUUUGCAUCUACUUCAUCGUCUUAUUUGUUUGCGGAAACUACAUCCUUCUUAAUGUUUUCCUUGCCAUUGCCGUUGAUAACCUGGCUGAAGCUGAGAGCCUUACAGAAGCACAAAGAGCAAAAACCGAAGAAAGGAAACGCAAGAAAUUGGCAAGAGCAAAUCCGGACAAAUCAGAGGAAGAAAAGUUACUUUUGGCAAAAAAACUGGAACAAAAAGCUAAAGGAGAAGGAAUUCCAACAACUGCCAAGCUAAAGAUAGAUGAGUUUGAGUCUAAUGUGAAUGAGAUUAAGGACCCUUAUCCAUCUGCAGACUUCCCAGGUGAUGAUGAAGAGGAGGAGCCUGAAAUUCCACUUAGUCCUCGACCUCGGCCUCUGGCAGAGCUCCAGUUAAAAGAGAAAGCUGUGCCUAUGCCUGAUGCCAGUUCUUUUUUUAUCUUUAGCCCUACAAACAAGAUCAGAGUGCUUUGCCACCGCAUCGUUAACGCCACUACAUUUACAAAUUUCAUUCUACUCUUCAUCCUACUGAGUAGUAUUUCAUUAGCUGCUGAGGAUCCUCUACGACAAGACUCCCCUCGCAACCAGAUUCUUUACUAUUUUGACAUUGGCUUCACGGUUAUAUUUACUACAGAAAUCGUUUUAAAGAUGACCACUUAUGGUGCUUUUCUACACAAAGGAUCAUUCUGCAGAAACUACUUUAACAUUCUUGAUCUCUUGGUUGUUGGAGUUUCUCUUAUCUCAUUUGGUAUCCAGUCCAGUGCAAUCUCGGUUGUCAAGAUUUUGAGGGUUCUCAGGGUGCUACGUCCUCUCAGAGCCAUAAACAGGGCAAAAGGACUUAAGCACGUGGUUCAGUGUGUUUUUGUCGCCAUAAAAACCAUUGGAAACAUUGUCCUUGUAACCACACUCCUUCAAUUCAUGUUUUCUUGUAUUGGUGUGCAGCUAUUCAAGGGCAAGUUCUACAGCUGCACUGACACCACAAAGAUGACAGAAGAGGAAUGCAAAGGUUAUUUUAUAGUGGCAAAAGAUGGAGACCCAACCCAACUCCAACUCAGAGAAAGAGCGUGGAUGCAUAAUGAAUUCCAUUUUGAUAAUGUUCUUUCUGGAAUGAUGUCACUUUUUACAAUUUCUACCUUUGAGGGCUGGCCUGACUUGCUUUAUAGAGCAAUAGACUCACAUUCAGAAGACAUGGGGCCAAUCUACAAUUACCGAAUUGAGAUUGCUGUCUUCUUCAUCGUUUACAUCAUCCUUAUUGCCUUCUUCAUGAUGAACAUCUUUGUUGGGUUUGUCAUCGUAACUUUCCAGGAGCAGGGUGAGCAGGAGUAUAAAAACUGUGAAUUAGACAAAAAUCAGAGGCAGUGUGUUCAGUAUGCUCUUAAGGCUCGUCCCCUCCGACGGUAUAUUCCAAAAAAUCCGUAUCAGUAUAAGGUCUGGUACCUAGUUACCUCUUCAUACUUUGAGUACCUGAUGUUUUUUCUCAUCAUGCUGAACACCAUCAGUCUUGGCAUGCAGCACUAUGGCCAAACUCCUGAGUUCAGCCACUUGUCAGACAUCCUCAACGUAGCAUUUACUGGCAUCUUCACAGUGGAAAUGUUUCUUAAGUUAGCAGCAUUUAAAGCCAAGGGCUACUUUGGGGACCCAUGGAAUGUGUUUGAUUUCCUUAUCGUCAUCGGCAGUAUAAUUGAUGUCAUCCUAAGUGAAAUAGAUACACCAGGUAUUCCAGCUACACCAGGUGCAGAGGAUUCUUCACGGAUUUCUAUCACAUUUUUCCGUCUGUUCCGUGUUUUGCGCUUGGUGAAGUUACUUAGCCGCGGAGAAGGAGUUAGGACGCUGCUCUGGACUUUCAUCAAAUCUUUCCAGGCACUUCCAUAUGUAGCACUCCUCAUCGUUAUGUUAUUCUUUAUUUACGCGGUUAUUGGAAUGCAGGUGUUCGGUAAAAUUGCACUGGUUGAUGGAACAGACAUUAAUCGGAAUAAUAAUUUUCAGACGUUCCCUCAGGCUGUGCUUGUGCUGUUCAGGUGUGCAACCGGUGAAGACUGGCAACGUAUACUUCUGGCAUGUUCCUAUGGAAAGCUAUGUGACCCAGAGUCAGAUUUUCUCCCUGGUGAAGAGUACACAUGCGGGGCCAGCUUUGCAUAUUUCUAUUUCAUCAGCUUUUACAUGUUGUGCGCUUUCCUGAUCAUUAACCUCUUUGUAGCUGUGAUCAUGGAUAACUUUGACUACUUAACGCGUGACUGGUCCAUUUUGGGACCACAUCAUUUGGAUGAAUUUAAGAGGAUUUGGGCAGAGUAUGACCCUGAGGCAAAGGGACGGAUCAAGCAUUUAGACGUUGUUACUCUUUUGCGGAGAAUUCAGCCCCCUCUGGGCUUUGGAAAAUUCUGCCCACAUAGAGUGGCAUGUAAGAGAUUGGUGAGUAUGAACAUGCCUCUGAACAGUGAUGGCACAGUCACAUUCAAUGCUACUUUAUUUUCACUUGUCAGAACGGCUUUAAAGAUCAAGACUGAAGGAAAUUUUGAACAAAGUAAUGAAGAAUUGAGAAUGAUUAUUAAAAAGAUAUGGAAAAGAACCAGCAUGAAGUUGCUGGACCAGGUGAUUCCACCAAUUGGCGAUGAUGAGGUCACAGUCGGGAAAUUUUAUGCCAUCUUCCUGAUUCAAGAGCAUUUCCGUAAGUUCAAAAAGCGUCAGGAAGAAUAUUAUGGAUAUCGACCAAAAAGAAAUAAUGUAGAGAUUCAGGCAGGUCUACGUUCUGUGGAAGAGGAAGGGGAGGCUGAUCUGCACCGUGCUAUCUCUGGCGAUUUAACAGCUGAAGAAGAACUUGAGAGGGCAAUGGUGGAAGCUGCCAUAGAGGAGGGGAUAUAUAGGAGGACAGGAGGCCUUUUUGGCCAAGAAGAAAGCUUUCACACUGAUCCUGUGAGUCCUUUGCAUACCACCAUCACCAGCCAGCGCCCCCUCAGAUUCUCUGAAACAGGAAGUGAGGAUCUAGAGUCCCCCGUCUUUUUGCCAGAACCAGUAUUUUUUCCUCCACCCAGAAGGAAUCGGAACACCAACAACAGUACAUUAUCAGGUCAACAGGGAAAUAGAUUAAUCAAUUCAGUCUCAGACACGAUACAGCAAAGGGAAGACCAAUGGGAUGAAAAUAGUAUACCCAAUGAAGAGAAACUGACACCUCACUCCAUCAGGAUGGUUUCCAGGAAAGAGAACUUGCCUCCUACACCAUAACAUCACAAUCAAGACUCACACACAGCUUCCUUCAUCCAUAUCAUCCUGAGUGUGGAGUGAAUACUUACCUUAUGCUUAACCCUUUCACUAAGGAAUGUAAAAAAAAACAUUUUGCAGUGAAAUGAUUCAGCAUGUAUCAGGACCCUAUUCCCUAAUAAAUUAUGUAUUUCCUGU